AUGCCACUUCCACGUGGGUGGCCCACCACAACCACUGCCACACUGCUGCAAAAGGGGCUCUACACCACAGCAGUAGCCACAGCCACCGUGCAGGCAUCAAAGACCAGAUCCAGGGAACAGCAUGCUCCAAAAAGCAACAAUGAAACUCCUGAGGAGUGGAGAAGGGCCUGGGUCCACAGCAAGAUAUCACUGUCAAUCAAAAUCGAAUCUUCGGAUGUGAUCUGCCUCAUCAUGCAGUACCUGAAGGAGAAUAGUUUACAUCGGGCAUUAGCUACCUUACAGGAGGAGACUACUGUGUCUCUGAAUACUGUGGACAGCAUUGAGAGUUUUGUGGCUGACAUUAAUAGUGGCCAUUGGGAUACCAUUUUACAGGCUAUACAAUCUCUGAAAUUGCCAGACAAAACCCUCAUUGACCUCUAUGAACAAGUUGUUCUGGAAUUGAUAGGGCUCUGUCAGUUGGGUGCUGCCAGGUCAUUUCUGAGACAGACUGACCCCAUGAUCAUGUUAAAACAAACGCAGCCAGAGUGGUAUAUUCAUCUGGAGAACCUCUUGGCCAGGUCUUAUUUUGAUCCUCGUGAGGCAUAUCCAGAUGGAAGUAGAAAGAGAAGAGCAGCAAUUGUCCAGGCCUUAGCUGGGGAAGUCAGUGUGGUGCCUCCAUCUCAUCUCAUGGUAUCACUGGGACAGGCACUGAAGUGGCAGCAGCACCAAGGGUUGCUUCUUCCUGGUAUGACCAUAGAUUUGUUUCGAGGCAAAGCAGCUGUUAAGGACAUGGAAGAAGAAAAGUUUCCUGCAUAGCUGAGCAGGCAUAUUAAGUAUGGUCAGAAAUCACAUGAUCUUAAGUACCAGGCCCAGGAUAACUUUAUGAUGAUGGAUGAUGCUGUCCUCUGCAUGUGUUUCAGCAGAGAUACAGAAAUGUUAGCAACUGGGGCUCAAGAUGGGAAAAUCAAGGUAUGGAAGAUUCAGAGUGGACAGUGUUUAAGGAGAUUUGAAAGGGCACACAGUAAAGGUGUCACCUGUCUAAGCUUUUCUAAGGAUAGCAGUCAGAUCCUUAGUGCCUCUUUUGACCAGACAAUUAGAAUUCAUGGUUUAAAAUCUGGGAAAACCCUGAAGGAAUUUCGUGGCCACUCCUCCUUUGUUAACGAAGCAACAUUUACACAAGAUGGACAUUAUAUUAUUAGUGCAUCCUCUGAUGGCACUGUAAAGAUCUGGAAUAUGAAGACCACAGAAUGUUCAAAUACCUUUAAAUCCCUGGGCAGCACUGCGGGGACAGACAUUACUGUUAACAGUGUGAUCCUCCUUCCUAAAAAUCCAGAGCACUUUGUGGUGUGCAACAGAUCAAACACAGUGGUCAUCAUGAACAUGCAGGGGCAGAUUGUCAGAAGCUUCAGCUCUGGUAAAAGAGAAGGUGGUGACUUUGUUUGCUGUGCCCUCUCUCCCCGUGGUGAAUGGAUCUACUGUGUGGGAGAGGACUUUGUGCUCUACUGUUUCAGCACAGUCACUGGCAAACUGGAGAGAACUUUGACAGUUCACGAGAAGGAUGUGAUUGGUAUUGCGCAUCACCCUCAUCAGAACCUGAUUGCUACCUACAGUGAAGAUGGACUCCUAAAGCUCUGGAAACCCUAAUGCAACUUUUCUUUUUUGUUUUCUUUUUUGGAGGCUGGCAGGGUAUGGGGAUCUGAACCCUUGACCUUGCUGUUAUCAGCACCACGCUCUUCCAAGUGAGCUAACUGGCCAACCCCAACUUUUCUUUUUAAAUUAGCUUGAAAGCAUGUACUUAAAUGAAGACAUAUUGAUGUGUUGCUUUUUUUUAGGUCAGCUUUUCUAAGCAAACGGAUUGUCUGAAUUAGCCACAGAAUAAUUUUGUGAAAAUUCAUGUUUACAUAGUAGUUACCUUUUUAAAUAUAUUUUUAAGGUAUUAGUUUAUCUGCUUCUAACUAGAGCAGUCACUUAAUGUAUCAUUAAUCUUCUACCUGGAGAGUGAAAUACUGAUAUUUCUAGAAAAAACCUGUACUCCUUUGAUUUGAAAUGCUGAAUAAAAUGUGCCUCCCAUAGUAAAACUUGUAAAUAAGGAAGGAACUGUCCCAUAGUCGGUAGCUGUGUUUCAUUUUUUUUUUAAAGAUGUUAAUAAACUUUACACCUUUCUGGA